CUUGUCGCAACUUUAUGGCUGUUCUGCGAAACUGUUCUUCUACAUGAUUCCCUUCUCAGUUCUGUUUCUUUCUUUUGUUAAUGAUAAUGGAUCGAAUCUGUUUGUGUCAUAUUAAGCAUUUUUUAUACACGUCUGGGGUACUUUUAUAUCCUUAUUCCACGCCUUUACUCUUCUUCGCCUGCAUAACAAAAAGAUUUGUGAUUGGGCGAACUGCAGCUCUCUGAUUUGAUUCCCCCUUUUAUCCCCACUUUUUGUUGGAAUAUAAUGGAACCACGGGAGCCAGUGACCUUUUCAUAUCAACUCUCAUUUCGAAAAUUUAAUUCUUUGGGUCAGUGUUUUAUCAUAGGUUCUCAUGGCGACUAUAACUAUGCGUUCUGCUCUUAAUGUCAGGAAGGCUUACCCGCCCCUCAACUCCAAUUAUAUGUAAUAUUAGUAAAUCUACACGAGUCUGUGAAUAGGACUCGUAGCGGUCAAUGUUUUUUCUCAAGAUAUCACCUCCGUUAACAACAAAGCGAACUUAAGGGAUGAUAAUGAUUUCUCUGUCUGUUACCACUGCAGUAACAAAAUUCAUGCAAUUGGUUCUCGAGACUGCCAUGUGCUAUAGAAUGGUAUUAGGCUCCCAACAUUAAGCAUCUCUAUGCUUGGGAAGAAUUCACGACCUUCCUCACAGUCCCCUUUUUCCGGGGGAGAGAGAUUGGCAUUGGUAAAUUGACCAUUAGACACAUCGUCUUAGCAGUUGAUGCCAGUGGAAAUGGACUUCCUGAUUGUGCUUUUACUAUUGACUUGCUUACGCUCUUUUGUAUCUUCUGAUUUUCAAGGAGAUGCGUUAUUUGCACUGAAGUUGUCAUUGAAUGCUUCGGCUAAUCAGCUUACUGACUGGAAUCAAAAUCAAGUAAACCCUUGUACUUGGUCCCGUGUUUACUGUGACCAAAAUUCCAAUGUUGUUCAAGUUUCAUUAGCAUUGAUGGGAUUUACUGGGGUCUUGACUCCGAGAAUUGGAGCUCUAAAAAGUCUCGCAACUCUUUCAUUGCAAGGUAAUGGCAUCACUGGUGAAAUACCAAAAGAAUUGGGAAAUCUGACCAGCUUAAUCAGACUUGAUCUUGAAAACAACAGAUUAGCAGGAGAAAUACCAUCUACCCUUGGUAAUCUUAAAAGGCUUCAGUUUUUGACUUUGAGUCAAAACAAUCUCAGUGGGAAUAUUCCUGAAUCACUUGGCAGUCUUCCUAGCUUGAUCAAUGUUCUGCUGGACUCAAAUAAUCUCAGUGGUCGAAUUCCCGAGCAGUUAUUCAACGUUCCUAAAUACAAUUUCAGUGGAAAUAAGUUAAACUGUGACAUGAAUUACCACCACCCUUGUGCCUCUGAUAACGCAGAUCAAGGUUCAUCCCAUAAGCCAAAAAUUGGCCUUAUAGUUGGAAUUAUCGUUGGGUUAAUAGUCGUGAUUUUUCUUGGUGGUCUGCUUUUCUUCUGGUGUAAGAGUAGACGCAAGGGCUACAGACGAGAAGUUUUUGUAGACGUUGCAGGUGAAGUUGAUCGCCGAAUUGCAUUUGGUCAACUGAAAAGAUUUGCUUGGAGAGAGCUACAGAUAGCCACUGACAACUUUAGUGAGAGAAACGUUCUGGGACAGGGAGGCUUUGGAAAGGUUUAUAAAGGUGUUCUCGCUGAUAACACUAAAGUUGCUGUCAAGAGAUUAACUGAUUAUGAAAGUCCUGGGGGAGAUGCUGCUUUCCAGCGGGAAGUUGAGAUGAUAAGUGUAGCUGUCCAUCGGAACCUGUUACGGCUGAUUGGAUUUUGUACUACUCCAACAGAACGUCUUCUAGUUUAUCCCUUCAUGCAGAACUUAAGUGUUGCCUAUCGACUAAGAGAACUAAAACCUGGAGAACCUGUUUUAGACUGGCCAACAAGAAAGCGAGUAGCUUUAGGAACAGCCCGUGGCCUAGAAUAUCUUCAUGAGCAUUGCAAUCCUAAGAUUAUUCAUCGGGAUGUGAAGGCUGCAAAUGUAUUACUAGAUGAAGAUUUUGAGGCAGUUGUUGGUGACUUUGGUUUGGCAAAGUUAGUUGAUGUUCGAAAAACUGAUGUGACAACUCAAGUUCGCGGGACAAUGGGCCACAUAGCUCCUGAAUACUUGUCCACUGGGAAAUCUUCUGAAAGGACAGAUGUUUUUGGUUAUGGCAUUAUGCUUUUGGAGCUUGUUACUGGUCAACGGGCAAUUGACUUUUCACGUUUGGAAGAGGAAGAUGAUGUGUUAUUACUUGACCAUGUUAAGAAACUAGAAAGGGAAAAACGUCUAGAUGAUAUUGUCGACUGCAAUCUAAAUAAAAAUUACAACAUACAAGAAGUUGAAAUGAUGAUACAAGUUGCAUUACUCUGCACCCAAGCUUCACCGGAGGACCGUCCAGCAAUGUCAGAGGUUGUUAGAAUGCUAGAAGGAGAAGGCCUGGCUGAAAGGUGGGAAGAAUGGCAACAUGUGGAGGUUACUCGGAGGCAGGAAUAUGAGAGAUUGCAAAGAAGAUUUGACUGGGGAGAAGAUUCAGUUCAUAACCAGGAUGCCAUUGAGUUGUCUGGUGGAAGAUGAGGUGGUGAACUAUAAAUUUGAAUCAGCCAUAUUUUGUGUUUUAUAGUGUUUUUUUGACAGGUUAGCUUGGCGAGAGAUGCAAAAUUUUAUUCCAACUGUAAACAAGAAAAAAGGGGAAACAAAAAAAACUGUAAUAUUUUAUGUUGUGCAAAUGAUGCUUAUUGAGAUCUGUCUGUGCUGCUGUUGUAUAUAAUUUUUGUCAGUAAACAAUUGUAUGAAAACGUGAAACUUUUAGUUGUAAUGCACAGUUUAAAGCUCAAGAGUAUGGGAGAGGAUAUCUGCUGUUUUGACUU